CGCUCGAAAUCAAACGGUCGGCUAGCCUUGCGGUGGAGCCGACUCAUCACCACGAUAAACAGAUCAGAAUAUUGAGUGCGCAUUGGUUCAGCAGUCCAGCUGGAUGUCACGAGUGUGAUCAACCGAAAAUGGCGCAAUAUUUCUUCGACCUCCUGUAUAACUUUACCGAUUGCAUGUGCUGCUUCCCCAGCACGCCGCAGCUUAAGAUCAACAAUCGCAGCUUUAAAAUGCUCCGGCUACUGGGUGAGGGUGGUUUCUCCUACGUGUACCUAGUUCAAGACAAAGCAACCUCGGAGCUGUUUGCGCUGAAAAAGAUCCGAUGCCCCUUUGGUCAGGAGUCUGUCUCUCAAGCACUGAAAGAAGUAGAGGCCUACAAUCUGUUCACAUCACAAUCCAAUAUCAUCCAUUCGAUUGAUCACUCCGUGUCCACCGAGUCAGGCUCGAAGUUCCGCUCCGAUGGUGGAGAAGCCGGGUCCAAGACUGUUUAUAUCCUGCUACCUUACUAUCAACGAGGGAAUCUACAGGAUGCCAUCAAUGCCAACCUAGUCAACCAUACUCGAUUUCCGGAGAAGCGAUUGAUGGUGCUGAUGCUGGGUGUCGCCACUGCGCUCCGGGCCAUGCAUCAAUAUCGUGUCAAGAGCGGCGCUGGGUCUACUCGCAAUGCGAAGGCAGUAAGAAGGGAAGGUGAAGAGGCAGAUACAUCCAUGCGCAUGGCCAAGCCUAAGCGCCGGGCAACCCAGGUAGCAGAUGACGAAGAUUCCGAGAACGAACCAUUGAUGGAGGAUGAGGUCACAAGGAGUCAGGAAGGCGUUCAAGACGGAGGUUUGCGCCCAUACGCACAUAGAGAUAUCAAGCCUGGCAACAUCAUGAUUGAUGAUGACGGACAAACACCAGUGCUGAUGGAUCUGGGGUCACUCGCCCCCAGCCCCAUCGCGAUCACUUCGCGAUCACUUGCUUUGGCAGUCCAAGAUACUGCUGCGGAGCAUAGUACGAUGCCAUAUCGAGCACCGGAACUUUUCGAUGUGAAGACCGGCUCCAUUAUUGACACCAAAGUCGACAUCUGGUCUUUGGGGUGUACUCUCUACGCUUGCUUAGUAGGCAAGAGCCCCUUUGAGGCACGUAGCGAGGAGACCGGCGGUAGCCUAAGUAUGUGCGUCCUGGGUGGAGACUGGCGUUUCCCUGAUGAGAAACCUGGUACCAGCAAAGGCAAGGGCAAAGCUGGCGAUGAAUCCCGCAAAGAUGCUACAACAACGAUCAGUGCGCCUGUCAAAGAUGUCGUUCGGAAGUGUUUGCAGGUCGAACCAGCAGAUCGACCGGACAUUGACGAAUUGAUCCAAAUCCUGAAAGACGUCAUUAAGGAUUUGCCAGAUGAUGACGAGCUUGCUGGCAGUUCACACUGAGGCAGACUCCUGUUAUCACUGUACUGAUCAUAUCCCGACCGCGCGUCACGUCUGAUUUGUGUAGAUUGACUGUUGCGUUGUCCGGUAGUCAGCGACCGGAUUGUACAGUAUGAGCAAGUUUUAAACACAAUUUUCGAUCUCACUCAGCGGCAACCUCAGAUCUUCGCGCGAAAUUCAUGGCUGGCUUUACAGGGACAUCUUUUCGAAUAGUUUUUGUAUUUCAAUCUUUGAUACCAUAAUCGCAUAAGCUGCAGGCUGGCCUUUUGCAGAUAUCCGCACGAUACGUUUGCGUUCGUUAUAUUUUAGAGUUUCGAUUCAUUCGUGAUGUAUCCCCGAUCAAUAGUCCGAAUAUAUACCUCUAUAUGUACGGAGUACCUAGUACAAGUUGUAUUAUCUCUGUACCGGACUCUAAAGCUCAAGGCUGAGUAAGCUGUUUAGUGAACUCAACAGACGGGGUACCGAGAAUGUACUAGAACGCCCCCUGGUUUACUUUUAUAUAUAAAAAUAGAACUAGGUUAUCUAAGC